GGACCAUUGGGUUGAGUCGUCUAUCAGAAGAAGGUAGGUAGUUAGCUGGAUGAGGCUCGUGUAUAUAUAGGGGUACCUCUGCUCCGUAAAGCACAGUUCAACGUUGAACGUUCGUAGGUAAAAAUGUUGAAAUUUAUCGUUCUUAGCGCUCUAGCGACAGUAGCAGUGGCACAAUUCCAGCCACAACCUUCUGGAAGGAUUCUUGAGCCUCCAAUACCACCUCUCUGUGCACAGAGAACAAUUCAUGAAAGAUUCGCAGAUGGUAAGGGGUACUAUUAUUCCUGGGCGGAUCCAGCAACUGCAGGUCAAGAACUUGACUGGCUAUCAGCUAGGAACUUCUGCAGGCAACGAUGCAUGGAUCUUGUGUCAUUAGAGACUUAUAAUGAAAAUGAAUUUAUUAAAAGUCGCAUUGUGCAAAAUAAAGUUAAAUAUAUUUGGACUUCUGGUCGUCUUUGUGACUUCAAAGGUUGUGAUAGACCCGAUCUUCAACCCUUAAACAUUAAUGGAUGGUUCUGGACUGCUGUUUUGCAAAAACUUGCUCCUACCAUUGAUCGCAGACAAAACGAUUGGUCUGAAAGUGGAGGUAUUGGUAAGCCCCAACCUGAUAACCGUGAAGCACAACAAGGAGGAGCUCCUGAGAACUGCUUGGCUAUUCUUAAUCAAUUCUACAAUGAUGGAGUUAACUGGCAUGAUGUUGCUUGUCAUCAUAAAAAACCAUGGGUGUGUGAAGAGAAUGAUUCUCUUCUCAAAUACGUUCGAUACACCAACCCCAACAUUCGAGUUUAAAUUUUUUCUAUCAUAGAAAUAUUAUGAAUUGAUGCUCGAGAGAUUUAAUAUUUAUAUCAAGUGACUGAGUAGCUUUUAGAAACAGUCUAUUUAUUGAAGAACACACUCUCAUCGGGCUUCUUUUUUUUUAUUUGCUAUAAAAUUUCAAGAAGCAGCCAUCAUUUACAUUGGAUUAUUUAUACAUUAUAUAUAGAUAUGGUAACU